GCCUUGAUCUGCCAAGAUUGCAAUGAGUCACUGCCUCCCAUACAUGCCCUUUCAAAAAGCCUGGAGAAGCCCAGGGCGGGAGAUUGUUCUUCAGUCAUACUCUCCAUAUCGGUUGACACAAAAGACACUGUCAUUAAGAUGGCGGUCGUCCUGACUACAAUUCCCGAGCUCCUGACCUUUACGCUUCUCUCUACAACAACAUGGCUCUCGCUCCACAUCUAUGUCCGCAACUACGGUCCAAUAUCCGUUGCGAGGCGCAUCAUCAAAGUCAACAGCUGGAUAUACACGAUAGUAUCCUUGCUGAUGUUCCUGCUCGUUAUUGCCGCGCCCUCAUCCCCAACAGGCCCGGGCACUGGCACUACUAAGGAAUACCACCAUCUUUUCCCCGCUGCAUCCACGCGAUACAUUUACCACCUCUCCAAAUUCUACGAAUUCCUCGACAUCUUCUUCGUCUGUGCCGCGGGGAGCCCCAUAAACCUGCAUUUCGCCUUCCACCACUUGACGACGCCGUACCUUACAUUCGUCCGUUUCCUGCCCGACCGCGAGGGAUGGCGUCCAUUUGCGGCAGCCAACACAUUCCACCAUGUGCUAAUGUAUGCGUAUUUCGGGGGCGCGUCACUGCUGAGGCCGAUCUUGCCGGUGACGGGGACUUUGCAGCUCGUUGUUGGAAUUGUGGUGGACUUGGUUGUUGGGGUUGGUAAGUAUAGGACUAGUCAUGAGGAUGAUGGUGAUGGCCUUUGCUGGCCAUACUUUGCUUCUGCGGGCUUGCUGGGGGUUUAUCUUGUGUUGCAUGUUAGGGAUCUAAGGGCGCGGAGGAUCUAGUGUGAGGAUUACUAUCUUUUAUCGAGAUUCGGGCCCUUGAAAGAUGCUUCAUCGAAGACAGGGCGUGCGCGGUGAAGAAUGUAGUUGGAUGUAGUAGCCAUCGUCUCUUAAACAACUUCCGGGAAGGGUAGCGCCCACCAUACUGAGCAAGCAAUCCGUUUGUCUUUCAUAAUAGCUGACUAGGCUGGUUCGCGGGGUAGGUAUUUGGCCUGGAC